AAUUUUCGACCAUUCAUUUCUCAAAGUCUAUGAGGUAGACGUCCCUAUUUCUCUCGCCCACACAGACAAAAUCGUCUCGAACAGUAGUACAUCAUCGCACAACGUCCUUUCUGUGAACCAUGAGUAAUAUUUUCUACGAAUCUUAAUCUCCAAUUAAUGUAAAAUAAGGAGUCUCAGAGUAACUGCUAUUUGAUUCGGAGUUCACGGGUUCAAGCAGUGGCAACAGCCUCUUGUACAAAUGCAGGGUUUAGGGAAGAAGAUCAGAAUAGGAUUCGACGGAUUCGGAAAAAUUAAUCGGUUUAUUAAGAGAGGAGCUGGCCAGAGGAAUGAUUCGAAUGUUCCUAGACGAAAUGAUGCACUGAAGCAUGGCCUGGAUGGAUUUGGAUCUGCUGGCUCGAAGUCUUUCAGAGCACUUGCAGUCUUUGGUGCUGGAGUGUCUGGGCUCCUUAGUUUUGCAACAAUUGCUUAUUCUGAUGAGGCAGAGCAUGGACUAGAGUGUCCCAGCUAUCCCUGGCCUCACGAAGGCAUCCUCAGUUCUUAUGAUCAUGCUUCGAUCCGUCGAGGUCACCAGGUUUACCAGCAAGUAUGCGCCUCUUGCCACUCAAUGUCUCUAAUUUCAUAUCGUGAUCUUGUUGGUGUUGCAUACACUGAGGAAGAGACCAAGGCCAUGGCAGCAGAAAUUGAGGUUGUUGAUGGGCCGAAUGACGAAGGUGAGAUGUUUACCCGCCCUGGGAAGCUGAGUGAUCGUUUCCCUCAGCCUUACUCAAAUGAAGCAGCUGCAAGGUUUGCUAAUGGAGGAGCCUAUCCUCCUGAUCUAAGUCUAAUUACUAAGGCUCGUCAUAAUGGUCAAAACUAUGUUUUUGCUCUUCUAACUGGUUACCGCGACCCUCCUGCUGGUGUCUCGAUUAGAGAAGGACUUCACUAUAAUCCUUACUUUCCUGGUGGAGCUAUAGCAAUGCCUAAAAUGCUUAAUGAUGGUGCCGUUGAGUAUGAGGAUGACACCCCUGCAACGGAGGCGCAGAUGGGAAAAGAUGUUGUUUCAUUCUUGUCAUGGGCUGCCGAACCAGAGAUGGAAGAGAGGAAGCUGAUGGGUUUCAAAUGGAUAUUUGUUUUAUCGCUCGCGCUUCUUCAAGCAGCCUACUACCGUCGUUUGAGAUGGUCUAUCUUCAAAUCCCGCAAGUUGGUCCUUGAUGUUGUCAACUGAUCUCGAGGAUUUCUAGAUGCACACUCUUAAGUGUGCUAGGGCUUUAGAGAAUAAUAGUACUUUGUCCAAUGAUUUGAAUGUUCAACUGAUCUCUCUGCUGGUAUUCUUAUUGGGAGGUAAAUAAAUAACUACUCAGCUAUUUAUGGUCCUCAA